AUGGAAAGAAUGAAUAAUGUAACAGAAUUCAUUCUACUGGGCCUGACCCAGAAUCCAGAACUGCAGAAACUAUUAUUUGCUGGGUUUUUGAUCGUCUACUUGAUCACGUUGACAGGAAACUUGCUCAUCUCCACCACCAUCUUCAUCAGUCCAGCUUUGGGUUCUCCCAUGUACUUUUUUCUGGCUUUUUUGUCCAUCUUAGAUGGUUUCUACUCUACUUCCAUAACACCCAAAGUGAUCUUUGGCUUGAUCUCUGAAAAAAACACCAUAUCCUUCAACGGCUGCAUGAGCCAGUUCUUUGCUGAACAUUUCUUUGGUGGAUUUGAGGGCACCUUGUUAACUAUCAUGGCCUAUGACCGCUAUGUGGCCAUCUGUAAACCCUUGCACUACACGACCAUCAUGAGCAGACAUGUGUGCGUGCUUCUUGUGGUAAUAGCAGGAGUGUUAGGGCUUCUUCACGCAGGCAUCCAGAUUGUGUUCAUGGUCCAGUUACCAUUCUGUGGCCCCAAUGCCAUUGACCAUUUUACAUGUGAUGUAAUGGCUCUCAUGAAACUAACCUGCAUGGACACUCAAACUUUGGGACCCCUGAUUGCUGCCAACAGUGGCUCAAUGUGUUUGCUUAUUUUUUCUAUGCUGAUUGCUUCCUAUAUCAUCAUCCUGCGCUCCCUGAGGAACCACAGUGCUGAGGGGUGCCGCAAAGCCCUGUCUACUUGUGCCUCUCACAUCACUGUGGUCAUUUUGUACUUUAUCCCUUGCAUAUUCAUUUAUCUAAGACCCAUGACCUCCUUCCCCAUUGACAAAGCUGUGAGUGUGUUUUACACCACAGUAACUCCUAUGUUGAACCCUCUAAUCUACACCCUCAGAAACACAGAGAUGAAAAGUAUCAUGAAGAAACUUUGGAGCCAAUUAAUGAAAACUGCAGAUAUACAAGCCUUUCUGUUGGAGUUUAGGGGGAAAAAGUCUAAGGAUACUUUAGACAGAUUUAGUCUCCUUAUUCAAUUAGGACUGAACCGGUCAAUUAUUCUACCUGAAUCAUUUUUCUGCAAUAUCCCAUAUAUUGUUGACAGGAUGGACCUUUCCAUUAAGGCACAAAAGAUAUAG